AUGCCCUUAAAUCACGAACCUCAAGGUCUCGAACUUGAACUUUCAAAACGUCUUCAAAAUGGAAAAUGUUGUAUUUUUACAGGAGCUGGUGUAUCAGCCGCAAUUCUUAAUCUUGAUCCAAUACUUACCAAAGAUAAUGCUAUUACGUGUAUCAAAACUGUUGGAAGUUGGAGUGGUUUACUUGAAGCCGUAGCUAAAGAAUUUUUCAAAACGUACGGUUCAUCCUAUCUUUCCUUGGAAGAUAUUAAGGAUUUAUUAGAAUUUAGGAAUAAAAUUGACAAGAAAAUUUCAAGUCUUGAAAUUUUGACAAAAGAAGAAAAGGGUGAAUUAAAUAAAGCUCUUGAAAUUGCAUUUGAAACGGAUUAUGAAUUAUUGAAAACAAAACAGGCCAAAAAUUUUAUAAAUGAUCAAGAAAAACACGCCUUGAUUUCCGAGAUUGAUGUUGACAUUAAAUUGAUUUCAUUUGUAAUUAAUAGAGUUUGUAAAGAAUUACCACAAUCUGCUGUUAAUAAAGACUUUGAAUGUCUUUUAAGAAGAGUCGCUUUGAAUCCAUGGGGUCGGUAUGAUGGUGUUGAACAAUCAACGCAAAUCAUUAAUGAACUCAUUUCAAGAAUUAACCAUGUCACAACUUAUUCUAAAAGUGGUGGCGCAUGGGAAAGAGGUUUUAACGCUUGUCAACAAAGACUUAAUGAAUUAAAAUAUGAAAUUGAUUCUUGUAAGGCAAAUGAAGUUGAAAAAUUAAAAUACUUUCAAGCUCGUUAUAAAGAAUUGCACACAUUAUUCGGCCAAUUCUCAACCGCAACCAAUUCACCAUAUGCCAAAGAUUUUGUCACGGAUUUCAAAUCCACGUUAAUUGGUAUUAUGUCAACAAACGAAAACAAUCUUAAUGGAACUUUCAGGCGCCUUACAGAACUUGCUCUUAGUCAAUUAAAGUCAAACCCACACGCACCAUUGGCAAAAGCUUUAAAUCAUUUAUGCGAAAAGAAUGUCCUCUUAACCGCAAAUUAUGAUACAUUUUUGGCCAGUGCAUUAUUUCGCAAUGUCCUUGAUUAUACGGAAGAUUUAUCAGAUAUCAAACAAUUAGAUUUAAUUAUUCCCGACGAUGAUAAACCAGAUUUAGGAUUUCAUUCGCGUUUCGUUAUUCAUGUGCAUGGACUUUAUUAUGAUAAAGGUAACUUUGUAAUCUCGGAAGAAGAAUAUAAAAAUACAGCAACGACCUUUCUUAAUUUUUUAAAAAUACUCAUUGUACAAAAGAAACGUUCGUUGGUAUUUGUGGGGGUUGGUGAGGGAGGGUUAACCGAUUGGCAUAUGGCUUACUUGUUUAAGGAUUUGGCCGAAAUGAAAGAUGCCAAUGAACAUCCCAAUCAUUAUUGGAUCGUGUUAAAAAAUACUAGAUUACCCGGUCCUGACGAAUUUUCUGAGUUGGAAAGUACCGAAGAAGAAAUGAGACCUACUUUAGAUUAUUUUGCUAGAAAGGUUAAGAUUGUAGAAUACGGAACUUAUUACGACGAAUUGUCACCAUAUUUAGAAUACAUUUUGAAACUUGCAAAAAGUCACCAUAUUUAA